ACGGGGAGGGAACCUUCAAAAGGUACCCACCUCGAAGGGCGGCUUGCGGCUACAAACCAAUCCCUCCGAGAUGGGUUAUGUGGGAUUCAUCGUGACGCUGGGCCCGUGAAGCGGACCCGGCAGCCGAUGGGACCCUAACUAAACCACUCCUCGACCUGAUCCGAACCCUGCCGAUGCGCUUGAUGUGCGCAGUACUCCAUACAGGAACGUUUGUGCGAUGCACCCAUCUUGUUGACGCGCUGCUGCUUUCCAAUGCUGCUACUGCGUCAUCCGUCCUAGUUGUCUCAGCUGCUGCUGCUGCUUCGUGCCUUCCUUCCGCUGCUGCUGCUUAAUUCCACUGGAACGCGCCAACGCCUUAAGAGAAUUAAAUGUAGGCCACACCGUGCUUUAAAUUUUUCAUUGACACACCGUGCUUUACAUGUGUUGGAGCGUGCUAAACUCCUAUUGUCCUGUAUUUUCUUUAACUUCCGUUGCAUACUAGUGUGCCAGUUUGUCGGCAUAUCGGACGAGCAACACGAAGCAAACAUCCUGUUUACUUCUUCGGAUCGGUGAUACUCUUACCCAUACAUCAAUUUGACUACGACUGAUGAAAGAAUAUUUUUUACACACAUCCAAAAAAGAUAAGUUAUAACGGGCGAGUAGUCUAGUAUGUUCAAUGUAAUUCGGACGACAGAGCAUUUAAAAUCUAUUCCGGCAGAGCUACUUUUAAAAUCAACCUUUUUUGGCGAUCAGCAGGCGGACCGCAUUGGAAAAUUGUGCUAGUGAAAACGUUAAAAGAGGUUUGUAUAAUUGAUCUAAAGUGUAGUGAUAACUAAUCAACUAAGCCAAUGUUUAACAUAUUGCAACGGACUCAUACGAAUUAACUCUUUAUUGCAGAACAAAAAUAGCAAAAAAUAAAGCAAAAGUGUUGAAGUACCUAUUGUGGUGGACCAAAUUGAAGAUCAACCUUUUCUUCGCGAUCAAUAGACGGGCCACAUUGGAAAAUCGUGCUUGUGAAAAAGAUAAAAGAGGUUUGUAUGGUAGAUGUGUAAUGAAGUGAUAACUAAUACGUUAAUGUGCUAAACAAAAGAAUUCGACUAACAAAAAUUUAAUCUUCAUUGCAGAAAAAAACAAACCAAAAAUGGGUUCAACGAAUCAUCAACAUGGUAUUUGGAGUCAUUUUGAUCGACCUAAUGCAACAUCAAAUAAAUAUAAGUGUAAAAUUUGUAAGGAUGUAUUAACUGUUAGUAGUGGUUCGUGUUUUACCUUGAAGCGCCAUUUCUUGAAAAAAACACCCUACGGUUUUGAUGAAUGAAACGGAAAACUCUGCAUCGUUCAGUACAUCAAAAGCAGUGAAUCAAAAUUCUGGUUCAGAAAAAAUAAUUCAAAAAUCACUAGGCGACUACGUAGACAUAUUUAAACCAUUAAGUGCUAACUCGAAAACCAGUGUAGAUGAACAAUUGUUAAAUGUUUUUUGUAACCAUGCGCUGCCGUUUUAUUUAUUAAACGCAAGCGAUUUUAAGGAGCUUUUUCGCACAAUUUGUCCCAGCUAUGUUUUGCCAAAUCGAAAAACGUUCAGCAACGCAAUGCUCGAUAAGCAUUACGAACAACUAUUGGGAAAAGUUCAAAAUAGUCUAAAGAAUGCAAAAGCCGUCUGUUUAACGUCCGAUGGUUGGAAAGAUUUAAAUAAUGCUAGUUUUUUAGCGGCUACUGCGCAUUUUAUACACGAAGGCGAUUGCACCCUACAAUCUUUAUUGUUGGAAUGCGAAGAAUUUACAGAACGGUAUACUGCUGAAAAUAUUGCGCAAUGGUUAAGACAUAUAAUAAGCAAGUUCAAUAUGCAUGAUAAAGUUUGUUGCGUUGUCACCGACAAUGCAGCAAACAUGAAAAGCGCUACGAGGUGUUUGGAAAUCCAACACAUUCCGUGUUAUGCUCAUACGCUAAAUCUGGUUGUACAGGAUGCAAUCACCAAGAAUAUUUCAGAAACAGUUCUUAAAGUCAGGAAAAUUGUAAAUUAUUUUAAGAAAAACUCACCUGCGACGCAGAAACUGCGUGAUAUGCAAACCAAAUUAAAUUACAUGCAGUUGAAGCUUAUACUAGAUGUGGCCACACGGUGGAACUCCACCUAUUACAUGCUCGAGCGCUUCUACACCAAUAAGGAACAAAUCAUUUCUUCUCUCGUACUUCUUGCAAUUCCUUCAAAAUUAAAUGAAAGCGAUUGGAUAAUUAUGGAGGAGGCAUCAAAGGUGUUAAAAAUAUUUUUUUUUUUUGCUCGGUUGGAACGCCCUGGCCGUAUCAAGACUUAUUUUACCACGUAGCAGGAUAGUCAGUCCAUGCUAAGGGGGGACGGGUCCGGAUGGGAUUUGAACCCGGUCCUGCCGUGUGGACAGGCGCCGUUUUUCACAUGCACCACCGGGCCCCUUGUUAAAAAUAUUUGAUGUGAUAACAAAAGAAAUAUCCUCAGAAAAAAAAUUUACCCUCUCAAAAGUACGUGUCUUAAACACAUUACUGCUGAAUAAGUUAAACCAGAUGUGUAAUAAUAAUACAUCACAGGAAGUGACAAAGUUAGUAGAAUGUUUAACGACUGGAUUGAGGCAAAGGUUUCACUAUGAAAAAACCAGCAUGGUAUCGAAAGGAACUGUUCUUGAUCCAAGGUUCAAGCAAAAGGUGUUUUCUAAUUCGAAUUUAUUUAAAGAAUGUUGCGACGAAUUGCGCAUUGAAAUGGGCUCCAUGAACAUAGAAAGUAUUAACGAUAUUGAUGAGGCACCCGAGUUAACAGUAGAUGAAGCAAUACGUACGAGUGAAAGCAUUUGGGAAGAGUUUGAUUUGGAUCAAAUUCAUCCACAAAUCGUGCUUCAUUCACGAUCAUCUACUCAAAUAGAGUUAGACAAUUAUAUUGCAGAACCGUUGGCACAUCGCAACGAUGAUCCUUUGGAGUGGUGGAAGCUACACAAGAUGCAGUAUCCUUUAUUGUAUCAAUUAAUGUUGCGAGUUUUAUGUAUUCCCGCCUCUUCUGUCCCUUGCGAGCGUGUGUUUUCGAAGGCCGGUGGAAAAGAAACAAGUAAGCGAAACAGAUUAAAGCCCAGCAAGGUUAGCAAGAUACUGUUUAUAAAGCAAAAUAAAAUAGACUAGAAUAAAAUUGAAAAAAACCAUGCGAAUUAAUCAUGUAUUUAAACAGAAUUAUUUUACGAAUAAACAAACAUUCCUUUAAACUACCUCUUUUAACGAUGCCUGUUAGCGCUGCCAGCACCUAAGGAGAAAUGAAGUUGACAGCUGUCAAGAAAUGAACCAGCAGACUAUAAACAAAGAUUUAGCUAGGGCCGCGGCUGAAAAAGACACACAGCGUUCAGUAGCACAGAGAG